AUGACGCCACGAUCUUCCUCAGCAAACCCUAGAUCUGCCUCCCUCCUUACAGAUCUGCAAUACCCACCUAGAUCUGCUUCCCUCCUUACAGAUCUGCAACCAUGUCCUCAUCUUGUGUUCAGAAUCGAAGGAGAGAGACGAAGGAGACAUCCAAAUCUUCACCGAUGUACGUUGCCGUCGUGGAGUUCUGAAUCACCGACGAUGACAACGUUUUCUGAUGAUAGCGAAGAUUUAGGGGAAGUAUGUGAAGCUUGUUCUUCCAUUGAUGGGGAUACCAAACACGCAUCAACCGACAGUUGGGAUCAUGGAUUUGGAGGUGCUCAUGGAGUAUGUGUUCAUGAGUAA